AUGUCUGCCUCUCGCGUCGGUCGGCCGUUGCAGCUGCGGCGGCCGAGGCCUACCAAGCAAGUGGCCACGUCGGCUCAGCAGUCGAUCUUGGACCGCGUCGCGGAACACGUGGACGACCAGUUUCCCGCCCCUCCAGAUGCUGACUUCUCUAACGCGCUUCCGGACCUCCUGAGGCGGAGGCGGACAGGGCCUCCGCCGCGGCCCUACACUGACCCGCGCCUCCGACAGAGCCGCAAGCUGCUGAAGGAGCUGGUCAUAACACUUCACCGCGGUAACCUCGUGGUGUACCGGCGCUCGGUGAAGGCCUUCAUCGGGCUCUUGACGGUGAUCAAGAAGGACGGCUGGUGGCAGCGGCUCAUCGUGGACGCCCGCGUUCCCAACCAUUGGCACAGGCGGCCGCCGCAAUCCUACCUGGCGACCCCCGGCGACGCGUCCGCCCUGGACCUCAGCGACGAGGCCUUGGAACCGGGAGCGGCCUCUUCUCUGGAGUUGUGUGGGGCCGCGGUCGACCUCCAGGACGGUUUCUACCAGCUGUGGUUCAAGGUGAUGAGCGACUGGUUCGGCAUCGAUUGCUGCAUGACCGCGGCGGAGGCAGGCGUCUCCGAGGUGUUUGACGUCGUCGACGGGAAGGGCGCUCGUGUGUCGGUCGCGGCGGAGGAAGCUGCGUGGCCCUGCUUCUGCGGCGUGCCCAUGGGCUUGACGUGGGCCUUGUUCAUCUGCCACUCCGCGCUCACCGACGCGAUGGUGGAGUCGUUCGUCCGCGUGAUGCGCUGCGACCGGGCGCUGGCGGAGGCUCAACUGCUCCGCGACGGGCGGCCUGCGCCUCGGCUGGCCAAAGGUAAGCCCAUCGCCGCGCCGUGCGUAGACAACGGCAACCUGCUCUGCUUCGACCGCGAGGAUGCUGGCAUCUCCUACGAGUCCAUGGUCGCCGCGCUGAGCGAGCGUGGCGUCACCCUGCGGGACAACGUUGAGUGCGACCCGAACCUGGACAUGGUGGGCUUCGAACUCCAGGGCGCUAUGUUCUCCCGGCGACAGCAGCGGUCGCGGUUCUGGCGGCUGCGGCAUGCGCUGCGGCAGCUGAAAUUACGGCCCGGCUGCGCAGGUGAAGUGAUGCACAUAGUAUUGGUUCACCUGGUGAACUUCUUCAUGCUGGCGCGGCUGGCCCUGAGCGUCCUCGCGAAGCUGUGCGUGUUCAGCUCUGAGAACUUUGGCCGCCUCCGUCGGUUCGACAGUCGCGCACGAGGAGAACUGGUCACGUGCCGUCGCCUACUUGUUCUUGUUCGGAGUCGGCUUCGACCUCACCACUACACCACGGCCUUCUGUUCGGACGCCUCGACGGGCGGCUAUGCGAUCCACCUGGGCGACUUCGAGGGGCGCGAGCUGCGCGAUGUCUGCCGGCGGCGAGAGCGCUGGCGCUUCGCCGACGCCGAGGGGGAGGGGCCGGGUCUCGCUGGUGCUCGAUCCGGGCUGGCUGCCGACUUCCGCGUAGGCGCCGACCUGGAGGUGGGGGGCAGCGGCCGGCCUGGCGCGAACGCUGGCGAUCGCCCUACCCGCCGCGCGGCUCGGGUGAGCAACCUGGCGCCCGCCGAGGCGAUGAAGGCGGUCGAGGCGGGGCUGAGGCGCUGCGCGGCGGUCGCCUAG